AUUCGUCCCUACCUAAUAGAAGGAGGAAUCUCUUCCCGCCAUGAAAUAAAGUGUGUAUAUGUUUAUCACUCACUCGUGAAGCGAGGAAACUCUUCCCGCCAUGGGAAUGGACAGAGUGCUAUGUACCUAUGAAUCCUUGGAUGAAGCGUUCCAAAUUGGGAAAGAGACAUAUCAGGGGCAGCAAUACAGCCAUAUUUACUUCGCUCGCCUUCACUUGAUGAGAACUCUCUUGUAUUCCCUUGUCCCCCAUUGGAAACCUAAUUCUCCUGUAUGCACAGUUUUGGGAUUGGAAGAGGGCAAGGAGUGUGUCAUUGUUGGAACCCUCUAUAAACACAUGAAGCUCAAACCUUGCAUACUUGAUGAGUAUUCUAAGCAGAGAUCUGCGGUUCCACUCGUCAAGCCCCAUAACUUCGUGCACCCUGAUGAUCAUCUAAUUUUGGAAGAUGAAAGUGGGAGAGUUAAGCUCGGUGGGAAUCUCAUUUCACCGUCUGUAUAUGUAACAGGAAAUGUGGUUUCUUUAUAUGGAAAGGAGGCUGGGGCAGGUGAGUUUUUGGUUCAGGAGGUCCUAGAAGCUGGCUUACCACCACAGAUAGAACUUCCCCUUAAAUCAAGGGAAGACAAAUAUCUUGUUCUUGUGUCAGGGUUAAGUAUUGGCAGCAGCAACUCUAAUCCUCUUCAGUUUCAGCUUCUCAUUGAUCAUAUCACUGGGCAUUUAGGAGAUGAGAAGGAGCAAAGUAUUGCAUCACAAAUUGUUCGUGUUGUCAUUGCUGGAAAUUCUGUUGAGAUACCUAGUGGACUUCUUAAUGGACAGAAUUUGUCUUCAAAGGAUCUCUCACGGAUGGCUGAACCAAUAAGGGAGCUAGAUAUUCUGUUGAAUCAGAUUGCUGCUAGUUUACCUUUGGAUAUCAUGCCAGGAACCAGUGACCCAUCUAAUUUCUCAUUACCACAGCAGCCAUUGCAUAGAUGCCUUUUCCCUGGGUCAUCAGCUUAUAACACUUUUAGAUCUUGUACAAAUCCUCAUUGUUUUGAGCUUGAUAAUAUCAGGUUUCUAGGGACAUCAGGUCAGAAUGUAGAUGAUCUUGAGAAGUAUUCGGAUGCAAAAGAUAAACUUGAAUUUAUGGAAAGGACAUUAAGAUGGAGGCAUUUGGCACCCACUGCACCUAAUACUCUUGGGUGCUAUCCUUAUACUGAUAGGGAUCCUUUCUUCAUUGAGAGCUGUCCUCACGUGUACUUUAUUGGCAAUCAGGAUAAAUAUGAUACUCGUGUGAUAAAGGGAUCAGAAGGGCAAUUGGUGAGACUCAUAUGUGUUCCUAAAUUCAGCGAAACUGGAGUUGCUGUUAUGUUAAAUCUGAGGGAUCUUGAAUGCCAUGCUCUCAGUUUUGGAACUCAGUUCAGCUCGUAACAAUGCAGAAUGAAAUUGUUGUGGUUAUGGGAUGUUUGUUGUUACGCUGCCAUCCGAGUUUUAGUUGAGAGAGCGACGAGCUAAAAAUUGAAGCUAAAAAUUGAUGAGUGCUGUCUCUCUGCCUUUCUUUAGUGUAACAUAUUUUUGUAGUAUCCUAAUAUAUUGAUUAUUGACUUGCACGUUUAUUUUUCUAAUUAGUUACUUAGUAUUUACACUUACUCAUUUUGUUUGACAGUAGACAGUUGGAAACU